GAAACGGGUCCAAAGUACAAGAAUCUGACGGCCCCGAUAAUACUCGAUGAAGUAUUAUUACGCGACGGUCGAUACUUGUCUGAUUUUCAAAGAUAUUGUUUGAGAGCAAUCGUGGCAAGCUUUUAGACGCGAACAGAAUUCGCCAAGGCAAGAUACGCUCUUUACCAAAGCGAGACUAUCCCUAGCCUACGAUUUGGAGUAUCUCGAGAAAAUGCGUCGCUAAAUGUCCGCUUUGCCGAAGCCGCAGCUUCGCGGCCUCCAUGCCGCGCAGAUCAAGAAGAACCUUGUAGGAAUGUUCGCAAUCAGUACCACCGUAGCUUUGGCUUACAAGAUAUUCGUCAAAGAUGUUAGGGCACAGAGAUACAAGGACUUCUACAAAACCUACGACGCAGAGAAACAGCUGAAAAUAAUGAACGAGGCUGGUCUCAUGCAAUCUUAUAUCGUCGACUAGUAGAUUUACAUGUACAAACAGAUAGGCAAUAAAUAAAGAGGAGAUGGAGGGUAGCCUUCUCUUUAGGAUUAUACAUCGUGUCUCUAUACGUGAUAAAUAAAUGGAACACUGUGAAUUGUGUGCGGCAAAUUUCGUAUUGGCUGCGCACUUAAUUCACGCAUUUUAUUUUAAUUAUGAAAAA